GUUCUUGAAUGAUGUAGCUAUCAAUACAUGUCCUUGGAUGAGUAGCUAGCUAACAGUGGGAGGAGAGGUUUCCAGCAGCUCGCGCUCAUUCAUUUAUUCAAAGUAGCAAGUCAUCAUGGCCGAACACCGUCUACUGGAAACGGAGGCGAUACAAUGUAACGUUAAUGCUAAAGACAGCGGCUUCAAAAAACGUUUAGGACUGAUCGCAACUGGAAUUGUCGGGGGGUCAUUGGUUGCCCUUUACGCUGUUGCAGGUCCAUUUGUUGCACCUGCUUUGAGAAAGGUGUGCCUACCUUAUGUUCCCGCAACUACAGCACAGGUGGAAAAUGUCCUGAAAGUGCUGCAGGCGAGAUCUGGAUCCCUCGUGGACAUCGGAAGUGGGGAUGGAAGAAUAGUGAUAGCAGCUGCAAAGAAAGGAUUUCGAGCCGUUGGAUUUGAGUUGAAUCCAUGGUUGGUGUGGUACUCCCGUUACAGAGCUUGGAGAGCGGGUGUUCAUCAUUCUACUUCCUUCCACAUAUCAGAUUUAUGGAAGGUCAGCUUUAAUCAGUACUCAAAUGUUGUCAUAUUUGGAGUACCUCAGAUGAUGGAUCAGUUGGAGGGCAAACUGCAGACAGAACUACAGAGCACAGCUAAAGUGGUGGCCUGCCGUUUCCCUUUUCCCACCUGGGCACCUGAUGGCACCGCUGGAGAAGGAAUAGACACUGUGUGGGUAUACGAUGCAGAGUCGUUCAAAACAGAAAGAGGAACACAUCAGGGACAUAUUGUAACUCCACAGCAGCCCCUGGGCAAUGAUGACACUACCACGUCAUACUAAUUGUGUUCAUCCCUGGAUGCUUCAGGGAUUUGUUGAUUUGAAAAACCUUCCCAGGAUGUUAUCAAAUCAAAUGUGUGAGAGUCAGUAAUAAACAAAUUGUGAUAAUUUAA